AUCUUUCCAAAAUACAAUGUCUAAUGGUUAUGAAGACCACAUGGCCGAAGACUGCAGGGAUGACAUUGGGAGAACGAAUUUAAUUGUCAACUACCUCCCUCAGAACAUGUCCCAGGAUGACUUGCGAAGCCUGUUCAGUAGCAUCGGUGAGGUCGAAUCUGCAAAGCUCAUCCGGGAUAAAGUGGCAGGACACAGCCUGGGCUACGGCUUUGUGAACUACGUGACUGCAAAGGACGCGGAGAGAGCAGUGAACACGCUCAACGGCCUGAGGCUCCAGUCAAAGACCAUCAAGGUGUCGUACGCCCGCCCGAGCUCCGAGGUCAUCAAAGAUGCCAACCUGUACAUCAGCGGGCUCCCGAGGACCAUGACCCAGAAGGACGUGGAGGACAUGUUCUCCCGGUUUGGCCGCAUCAUCAACUCACGGGUCCUGGUGGACCAGACCACAGGUUUGUCCAGAGGGGUUGCGUUUAUCCGGUUUGACAAACGGUCGGAAGCAGAAGAGGCAAUUACCAGUUUCAAUGGUCAUAAACCCCCAGGUUCCUCCGAGCCCAUUACAGUGAAGUUCGCAGCCAAUCCCAACCAGAACAAAAACAUGGCGCUCCUCUCGCAGCUCUACCACUCGCCGGCCAGACGGUUCGGAGGCCCCGUCCACCACCAGGCACAGCGAUUCAGGUUCUCCCCGAUGGGCGUCGACCACAUGAGCGGGCUAUCCGGUGUCAGUGUCCCGGGAAACUCCUCUUCGGGCUGGUGCAUCUUCAUCUACAACCUCGGCCAAGACGCCGACGAGGGCAUCCUCUGGCAGAUGUUCGGGCCCUUUGGCGCCGUCACCAACGUGAAAGUGAUCCGCGACUUCAACACCAACAAGUGCAAAGGGUUUGGUUUUGUGACGAUGACAAACUACGAAGAAGCCGCCAUGGCCAUAGCAAGUCUGAACGGCUACCGCCUGGGGGACAAAAUCUUACAGGUUUCCUUCAAAACCAACAAGUCCCACAAAUAACUCGCUCAUGCUUUUUUUGUACGGAAUAGAUAAUUCAGAGUGAAGAAGUUGAGAUUUUUUUGUUAGCGUACAACUCAUUUUGCGCCAAUGUUCACAAGUGUUUUGUCUUAGUCUAAAUGCGGAGUGAGCAGGUUUUUAUACUCUGGGAUGCAACCGACAUGUUCAAAUGUUUGAGAUCCCACACUGUUAGACCAAUUUUAAGUUUCUUAAGUUAUUUCCUUUAAAAUAUAUAUUAAACAGAAACCUAAAGUAGACUGCAUUGACUAACCAGUCCCUCUGGAUGGUGGUGAAACUGAAGCAUGCUUUAACUUCUAAGACUGUCUAACACUCGUUCCAUUCGGUGUCGCCACAACUGGAUAAGAAAAAAAAACAAACCACAUAUAUAUGAUCCGUUAGUGUUAGUUGGAAUCUAAAGAGGUUAGACAGAUGCCAAGCGUGUGCUUUCUCAACCGCUUCGACAGUUUAAGUGAUCCACGCGUCGGUUGAUAGGAAAUUGCUUUCCCGAGCAGGUCCUACGGCCACCUCCUGCUUAUGCAGUCCCAGGCUCUGCCGAGUGGUCCCAGGAGCGGCCAUGGGCCCCUCCGAUGGGGGCCACCGCCGGGGAGGGGGGCUGCACGCCUGGCCCCAGGCCAGGCCCUCCAGAGAAGGACGCAGGUGUGUUACGUAAGCCCAGGCACCCAAGGGAACGGACCAAAGAGUUUCAGGGAAACUCCAUAUAUUCCAGAGUCAGAUGCAGGUUCCAGGCAUGCUACCCUGCUCUCCGAGUUCCUGCCCACACGUCGCACGCUCGGUGCCCACCUGUCGGAUACUGGCGCCCCUCACCCGCCAGUGUCCGAGAGCGUUUAACACAGCUUGAAUGCAAACGAUAGCUCUAUUUUUUAAUAACACAUAAACAUUUGAGCAUUGUAUUUCUCGCAUCCCUUCUUGUGAGCGCUAGAGUU